AUGGAUGAGAUAGUGGAAGAAGUAGGAAUUGAGAGUGAGAAGGAAGUAAGUGAAAAUGCAAGUGACUCCACUGAAAAAGGAUUCACCAUUGAUCAGCUGAUAGAUAAAAACUCACCCUUGAGGAGGACUAAGAAACAUAUCCUGAAUGACCAUAGUCUUGAAUUUCCCUACUAUAUCAAACCACCGUAUCAUAUCCUUAAAAAGAAAGCAAAGGUGGAAGAUGCGGGGCUAUUUCAAAAGUUCAAGGAAAUUAUUGCUAAGCUUCAGCUUCUUCCGUCACCGGGAACAACUGAAGAUCCAUCGGGCUUUUGCGAUUCCGAGACCUCUGAUCAACACCAGUCCACCGCCGGAUCCGCUUCUUCGCUUUUAGGUAACCCAUUUUUUUCCUUUUGA